GGUGUUCCGCCGCUACUGAUUUUGGGGCCUGAUACAGUACGCAUGUAUUUUUCAGUGUCAUUGCAUUCGGAACGGGCUUGAACGUGACACUUGGCUGUAACUCGUCUACCGAACUCGUCCAUACGGAGCCAGUGCGACGCCGGGAUAGGUAGUCCUCUGUACCGGACACAUCCGUACUAUAUACUGAGCUUGGUAAGGUUCCCGGUUGGGUCGCUUCUGUGUGUCUGUGUACAAUGUCUACUGUGACUCGACCGUCGGUCGGCCGCGCUCUCCGGCGACCCGGCUGACCUCGCUCGUGCCACGGCCAUCGCCGCACUCCCGAGACGUCUGCCGGCGCGCGCAUAAAAGAAGCCACCGCGCAUCAGAAGAGCAUAGUCGGCAUCCGUUCUCAUCAUGAAGACCUUUAUUGUGCUGGUUGUGGCAGUGGUCGCUGUGAGCGGUGACGGGGCGGCCGCCGCCCCCUCCGGAGCCGGCGGAGCUCACGGAGCAGGGUACGAGACUCCGGUGCGCACUUACGUCAAGAAGGAGCCCUACGUGGUGGAACAGCGCGUGCCCUACACAGUCGUCAGGAAGGUCCCCGUUUACAAGCCCGUCUAUAAAACCGUGUAUAAAGAAGUGCCUCAGCCGUACGAGGUCAUCAAGCACGUUCCUAUUGUGAAGCACGUGCCGAUCAUCAAGCACGUGCCGGUGGUGAAGCACCACACGGUGCUGAAGCCGGUGCCUGUGGUCAAACACCACACUCGCGUACAGAAAAUUCCCGUCAGCGUGCCCAUCUACGUGCAGGAGAAGCACGGGUACGGCGAGUACGGCCACGGCGGAGGGUACGGGUACGGGUCGUAUUAGGACCGUAUGAGACUGACAGUGUGCGGAUGCGCAGGCCGGCUACACGGUCUCUGCAGGUGUGCUGUGCACAACGCCGAAUGGCCAGGGUAUGUCGCUGUACCGUUCUAUCGUCCAUCGACAGUGUAAAGGACACUUCCCGAUACUGUUCGACUGUUCGAAAUGGCCUAGUUGUAUGCUAUUGUAACCGGUAUGCAUGGUACGGUGCGGAUCGUUACGCUAUUGCCGAGUCAGUGAAUGGUGUGACGCUGAUGGCUGUAUUUGUUCAGCAACCUUUGCCUAUUUAUUGAAAUAAACUGUUACAAAUCAAGUACCCUA